UGUACUCUUCAGAUCAUCAAAAUAGUCACUGCCUUGUAUAACACGACUCAUCAUCAUCGUACCCCCGCACUCAUCGACUAUUUGACCCCUUGACCUACCUCAGGCUCGUUCAACAUCAUCAUGUCGGAUCUCACAGCACUACCCAAGGGAUCUCUGAUCCUCGUCACCGGGGCCAACGGAUACAUCGGCUCUCACACCAUCAACACGCUCCUUCAACUGGGCUACCGCAUCCGUGGUACGGUCCGGGCCGAAAAGCCAUGGCUCACCGAGCUGUUCAAGAACAAGUACGGCGAGGGCGUCUAUGAGCAGGUGGUCGUCUCUCGUCUCGACGACCCGGAGGCUCUCGGGCAGGUCAUGGCUGGCGUUGACGGCGUCAUCCACGUGGCUUCCGACGUUUCCAUGACCGACGACCCCAACGCCGCCAUUCCCUGGGUGGUAAAGGCAACCGAGAGCGCCUUGGCGGCCGCGGCGAAACACUCUUCGGUCAAGCGAGUCGUUCUCACGUCUUCCGCCUUUGCAGCAGUGGUCCCCAUCCCCGACAAGAAGGGCGUUUACGUAGACGAGACGACGUUCAACGAAGACGCCAUCAAGGCCGCCUGGGACCCCAACACCCCCAAGGAGAUCAAGCCGGGUUACGUCUACGCGGCGUCCAAGGCCGAGGGCGAGCGGGCUGCUUGGAAAUGGGUCGAAGAACACAAGCCCGGAUACACAUUCAACACCGUCCUGCCCAACUUCAACACGGGAGAGAUUCUCCACCCCGAAAUCAGGGGGUCGACCAUGGGCUUUGCCCGCGACGUGUUGAAGGGCCAGGGAGAUAUGCUGCUCGCCUUCAUGCCGCAAUGGUACGUCGACGUCGUUGACGUUGCGCGUCUCCACGCCGUCGCCCUGCUUGCCGACCCGGUCAAGUCGCAGAGAAUCUGGGCGUCCGCGGCGCCCGUCAACACGUCGGACUUUAUCGAUCUCUUCCGCGAGCUGAGGCCGCACAACAAGCUCAUCCCGGAGAAGCCCGCGAACGAGGGCCGCGAUCUCACCGAGCUCCCCCCGGCAGCCAAGGCCGAGGGUUUGUUGCAGAAGUACUUUGGCCAGAAGGGCUGGACCCCUUUCAGGGAGAGUGUCGAAGCGGGAAUCCGCGAUUUGUAAUUCGAGCUGGAUGGGAGAGCGUGGUCGGUCUCCAGGAGGAUCCUGCUUUGGUGUUUAUAACGAGUCGAUAUGUGAUGAGACGGGAACAAUCAUUUGAGAUUUUAUGACAGGGAAAAUGGAUUGGUGAUAGGAAUAUGCCUAAAUCUAGGUUAUUGGAUGUAUCCUGCUUCAUGGCUUCACCUCUCACAAUCUCGCCGUUGAGAGCACGACAGAGAGCUUCAGCUCUGUGACUAGAACUUGGCCCUAGAAU